UUGAAAUUGGGGAAAACAUAGAAAAUUGCGAUGAACUUAUUCACCUCCUAAGUGUGGUAAUGCUAUUCAGUGUUACCCCUUUGUGUUUAUGUUUUUUAUACUCCGGCGGUUGUGCUUCGCGAGCGUUUUGCUCCGAUUGAUAAUUUCGAUUUAAGCGUGUUUUUUUGCAAACAAUAUACAGUGAUAUAGUUAAGAGUGUUCAAUAAGUGUCUAAUUUGCAUCUCCAAAUAUAAUUUCCGCUAGUUUCCACCUUAAAAAUUCGAAAUGCACGCAUCAAAAUAAAACAACUGAAACUCGCUUAUGACUCAUCCCCCACGGGAAUAUGUUUCCCACGAAAUUCUUUGUGCGCAUGACACUUUGCAUCCAACAAGUGCAAAUUGCUGAUAACGAACAUUCGUAAUCGGUUGCAAGGUGUUCGGAGUUAGUGAACCGCAGGGAAGUCCGCGUAAUCUCUAUGAAGUGGCGUAAACAAAUUCCCAUUGGAUUUUGUGAAUUGAACGGAAAACAAUGAGCGCGAACAAAACGGGAGUGGAAUCGUGUGUCGAAACGCCGGCCGCGCCUGAAUGGCUGUCAAAGCUGGAAAGUCGCCGGGAAAAACUGACGAAAUCGAAGAAGUUGGGACAUGAAAGCGGCGCCGGAGCACCUUGCAAUGUUUGCGGAUCCGCGUGUCCUGGUCUUGAUUUACACUUUUGGCGAAAAGUUUGCCGUAAUUGUAAAUGCCGUAAAGAUCAACAUCAUUGCGACGAUGAUGAACUUUCCGGUUGGGCCCAAUUUGAAAUUCUUGGUCAAAUACGAUCGAAGCCAGCAUUUAUGAAAAUCAAAGCCCUCGCUGAUCAGCCCGUUAAACUUGAAUGGAUCCCACCAAACACCACACCUGAUGUAAUUUCCGAUUAUAUGGACAAGCUAGGCUCUAGCCAAAUUCCUGUAGUUGGAAGCGAUGCAGCUAGCAAACGUAAACAGCAACUAGAAUUCCAAGUGCCACCUCAUGAUUUGGAUGCUACGCUUUGUGAUAAUUUGACUGAUGCAGAAACGGCACAAUUACAACAAUAUGUGCAGAAAGUUCGAGAGCACUGUGUCGGGCAGGGUAACGUUGUCCGGGUUGGAGUUGUAUCUCAUGGAGUCGUUGGAAAUGUGGUUGGCGUACAAACACUUGAAGAUGUUCAAUCGGAAGCAGUUAAAUGCCCACCUGCAGAAAUUUUAACAAAACUUCACGCAACCCCAGCACAAGUAAUCAAUGAUAGAGUGAUGACAGCUGUUUUGAGCUCUAAGGGUUUGAUCAAUGCCUUACUUUGCGAACCUCCGCAGCUACUUUCGAAUAAAUUGGUAGCAUUUGAACGUGCUCUUAGCCCUGACUUUAAUGAUGUACCCCUGACUCCAGCGAACAAACAAAAAUUGCGAGCUAUGCAUCUCAAUACAAAUAUGGUAAAAAGUUUGGUGGAAAACGGACCAUUAUACGACUCACUUUUGAAUGAAUUGAAGCGUAAAAAUGUGGACUUCUCCCAGGACCCAAUCUUAGUUCCUAUAGAUAAAUUUCGUACGGAGUACCUUGGUAAUGACCAAUUUAAACGUGAUAUGGACAAGCUGGUUGAUGAUAUGAAAUUUGUGGCUCCCAUUCCAUACACCACUCCAUUCCAUACUACGAAAUCCAAACAUGGAGAUCAGGAUUCUUUCCACUCGCCAUUAGCAGUACGAAACCCGGUACAAGCUCGAAUCGGAAAUGUGGUUAAUCAGGAAACGCCCAUGCGUAAGGUGAAAUUUGGAGGUGUGAGCAUUGCCUACGAUCUGGGCUUACCAGUGGACGCGGUUAUCGAGCGUGAUCCAUUUUUCUCGAAAAUUAUCAAUUCGGAAAUUUUACAAAAUGCUCUAAAAAAUCCGGCUUCAGUGAUCGGAAGACAAGGUGUCAUUCUCUCGAACGUUCCAAUGGUUCCAGAUUUUGGUGCAGCUCAAAAUCUUAGCUUGCCUAUUUGUCGAAAACUAGAUAGGAUUGGAGUAGAUCAACAGGCCGUUCAAAGUGUCGUUAUCAACGGACCUACAUAUGAUAAACUACUCAACGCUCUGAAGGAUCGAAAAAUAAACUUUUCCAACUGUAAACUUCUUGCACCAAUAGAUGAGUUCCGAAAUGAAUUCAUCGAGAAUACUCCGUUCCAGAAAGAGAUAACAGAAUUUGUUGAGACUCUGCCGAACAACUUUAGCAUUUGUUAUUCCGAGCCCACUACAGGACAGUAUUAUCAGUCAGCGCAACCCAUUACGACACUACCUGCGUCGAAGAGUUCAGAUUCUGGUUUCGAAUCCAAACCUCCUACGCCAAACUACACGUCAUAUCCUGGCAUGGCUCCGAUCAGCGGAAAUGAUGAUGCUACACUCUUCGGAAUAGGUGCGAAUGCUGGAAAGUGGAAUUCAAUACCAGGAAUCGAGGACAUGAACAUGUAUCCUCAAGUUAAACCUCCAAAAUAUGCACAUGCUAUGGAAAACCUCCCUAAGAGUUUGGAAACCCUUCAGUUGACAGAGGCACCGAACAUUGGGUCAUCAUCAGUUCAGUCCGUUGCAGUAUUGAAGUGUCGUGAAUGCAAAAAUGACAUUAUGUCAGGUGAAGUUGCUGUAAAGGCGGAGCGUGCUGGUAAAGAGGCAGCUUGGCAUCCACAAUGCUUUGUCUGCCACACAUGUCGGGAGCUCCUUGCAGAUCUUGUUUACUUCUUCCAUGGGAAUAAUGUUUACUGUGGACGUGAUCUGGCACUUAUCCUUAAGAUUCCACGUUGUAACGCAUGCGAUGAAUUGAUCUUCACAAAAGAAUACACCGCUGCUGAAGGGGCUACAUUCCACAUAAAACAUUUUUGUUGCUAUCAGUGCGAUACUCCUUUGGCAGGACAACAGUAUGUGCCAGAUGAAAAAACGAACAUGCCACUAUGUUUGAGAUGCUAUGAUGCAUAUUAUGCGGAGCGCUGUCAAUUUUGUAAGCAUGUAAUCGGGCCUGCUGAGCAGGGCGUUGCUUGGGGGAAGGUGCAUUGGCAUGGAGAAUGUUUUAUGUGUGCCGGUAUUGGUUGUGGAAAAUCAUUGAUUGGAGGUCGUUUCUGUGUCAAGAAUAACAUGCCAUUUUGUAGUCCGCAAUGUGUUAAGAGUGUCAUAUUUACUUAGGUAGCUAAAUGAUGUAUUCCAAUUAUAUUCCUAAACCUUUACAAACUGUGUUUUUUGUGUUUAGAUGUAAGUUUACUGCGAAUAUUAUUUGUAUGCGUAUUAUACACGAUGAAUUGA